AUGUUGAGAAAUUCCUUGAGUAGAGCUAGCUCGCAGCUGCUCAGAGGCGCCCGCUCCUCAUGCUCGUCGCCUAUUUCGACCACCGCUGCGCGCACGUCGUCAUGGAAGCUCUCCUCGACUCGACGGUCGAUGGCCAUCACUGCCCACCGCAGCUACUCCACCGCCGCUAUCGACAAUUCUCCAGACCCGAGUGAUAACUUCCUUUCCGGAAGCACCGCCAACUACAUUGAUGAGAUGUAUCUUCAAUGGAAGCAAGACCCCAAGAGCGUCCACGUAUCGUGGCAGGUCUACUUCAAAAACAUGGAGAGCGGCGAUAUGCCCAUCUCGCAAGCUUUCCAGCCGCCUCCCAACCUGGUCCCCGGAAUGACCGGAGGUGUUCCUCGUCUGUCUGGUGGCUUGGCUCUUGAUGACGGUUCUGAUGUCACCAACCAUCUGAAGGUCCAGCUCCUUGUCCGUGCCUACCAGGCGCGUGGUCACCACACUGCCAACAUCGACCCUCUCGGCAUUCGCACCACUUCAUCGGGAUUUGGCAACAUCAAGCCCAAGGAGCUUACUCUCGAGCACUACCAAUUCACCGAGAAAGAUCUCGAUACCGAAUACAACCUUGGACCUGGAAUUCUCCCCCGAUUCAAGCGCGAGGGUCGCGAGAAGAUGACUCUUCGAGAUAUUAUUGCAGCUUGCGAGAAGAUUUACUGCGGUUCCUAUGGCGUCGAGUUCAUUCACAUCCCGGAUCGCGAGAAGUGCGAUUGGCUGCGCGAGCGCCUCGAAGUGCCACAGCCUUUCAAGUACUCGAUUGACGAGAAGCGCCGCAUCCUCGACCGUCUCAUGUGGAGUUCAAGCUUCGAGUCGUUCCUGGCUACAAAGUACCCCAACGAUAAGCGUUUUGGUCUCGAGGGCUGCGAAACCCUUGUGCCAGGUAUGAAGGCUCUCAUCGACCGUAGCGUUGAUUAUGGUGUUAAGGACAUUGUCAUUGGUAUGCCUCACCGUGGCCGACUCAACGUUCUGAGCAACGUCGUUCGCAAGCCCAAUGAGUCCAUCUUCAGCGAAUUUGCCGGUACCACUGGUGCAGAGGACGAGGGUUCUGGUGACGUCAAGUACCAUCUCGGAAUGAACUUCGAGCGUCCUACACCUUCCGGAAAGCGUGUUCAGCUCUCCCUUGUUGCCAACCCAUCCCACUUGGAGGCCGAGGACCCCGUCGUCUUGGGCAAGACCCGUGCCAUCCAGCACUACAACAACGACGAAAAGACACACCGCACCGCCAUGAGCGUGUUGCUCCACGGUGACGCCGCCUUUGCUGCCCAGGGUAUUGUGUACGAAUGUCUUGGUUUCCACUCGCUGCCAGCCUUCUCGACUGGUGGUACCAUUCAUCUCGUCGUGAACAACCAAAUUGGUUUCACCACCGAUCCCCGCUUCGCUCGAUCUACCGCUUACUGCACGGAUAUCGCCAAGGCCAUUGAUGCUCCUGUCUUCCACGUCAAUGCUGAUGACGUUGAGGCAGUCAACUAUGUUUGCCAGCUGGCUGCUGAUUGGCGCGCAGAGUUCCAGCAUGAUGUGGUCAUCGAUCUUGUCUGCUACCGAAAGUACGGACACAACGAGACCGAUCAGCCUUCCUUCACACAGCCGCUCAUGUACAAGCGUAUCCAGGAGAAGAAUCCUCAGAUCGACGUCUACGUCAAGCAGCUGCUUGAGGACGGAUCCUUCACCAAGGAAGACAUCGAAGAGCACAAGCAAUGGGUAUGGGGCAUGUUGGAAGAGAGCUUCACCAAGUCCAAGGACUACCAGCCAACCUCCAAGGAAUGGACGACAUCUGCCUGGAAUGGCUUCAAGUCGCCCAAGGAGCUUGCUACCGAGGUAUUACGCCACCACGAGACGAAUGUUGACCAGAAGACUCUGGCCCACGUUGGAGAGGUCAUUGGCAGCGCGCCUGAAGGCUUCCAGGUUCACCGCAACCUCAAGCGUAUCCUCAGCAACCGCACCAAGUCGGUCGUUGAGGGUAAGAACAUUGACUUCCCCACCGCCGAGGCCUUGGCCUUUGGUACUCUUGUCACCGAAGGUUACCAUGUUCGCGUUUCUGGCCAAGAUGUUGAGCGUGGCACAUUCUCUCAGCGUCACGCUGUCUUCCAUGACCAGGAGGACGAAGCAACGUACACGCCCCUGCAGCAUAUCAGCAAGGACCAGGGCAAGUUUGUCAUCUCCAACUCUUCUCUCAGCGAGUUCGGAGCCCUUGGUUUCGAAUACGGCUAUUCCCUGUCAUCGCCCAAUGCCUUGGUUAUGUGGGAAGCCCAAUUUGGUGAUUUCGCCAACAAUGCUCAAUGUAUCAUUGAUCAGUUCAUCGCCUCUGGUGAGUCCAAGUGGAUGCAGCGAACCGGUCUAGUAAUGUCGUUACCCCACGGUUAUGAUGGUCAGGGCCCAGAACACUCCUCCGGCCGCCUUGAGCGUUACCUCCAGCUGAGCAAUGAGGACCCUCGUGUUUUCCCCUCUCCCGAAAAGCUCGACCGUCAGCACCAGGACUGCAACAUGCAGAUCGUUUACUUUACGGAGCCAUCCAACCUCUUCCAUGCUCUGCGCCGACAGAUGCACCGUCAGUUCCGCAAGCCUCUGGUCAUUUUCUUCUCCAAGUCGUUGCUGCGUCACCCUCUCGCACGCUCCAACAUUGAGGAGUUCACAGACCCCAAUGCUGGCUUCAGACCUUUGAUUGCCGAUCCUGAGCAUGAGACUGGUGCCAUUAAGAGCCCCGAGGAGAUCGAGCGUGUUAUCCUCUGUUCCGGUCAAGUCUGGAGUGCCCUCCACAAGUACCGUGCCGACAACAAGAUCGACAAUGUCGCAUUCACUCGCAUUGAGCAGCUAAACCCCUUCCCUUGGCAACAGCUCAAGGAGAACCUGGACCAAUACCCUAACGCUAAGACUAUCGUCUGGUGCCAGGAAGAGCCCCUGAACGCUGGUGCAUGGAGCUUUACCCAGCCCCGAAUCGAGACUCUUCUCAACGAGACUGAGCACCACCACCGCAAGCACGUCAUGUAUGCUGGUCGUGACCCCAGUGCCUCCGUCGCCACGGGUCUGAAGCGCGUACAUACGAAGGAGGAGCAAGAUCUUCUCGAGAUGGCCUUUACUGUUACACAGGCCAAGCUUAAGGGGGAGUAA